AUGGGACAAUAUGAUUUAAGUAUAAUUGAAAAACUGAAGAAAGAAUUGGAAAUAGCAGCUGAAAAUUCUGGAAAAUUUCAAACUGAGAAUUCUCAAUUACGAUCUCAGAUAAAGAGUCUAGAAAAUGAAGUGAAAACUUUAAAAGAUAUGCUUGAAAAAGCUGAGAAAGAAAUUGAAUCUGAAAGGGUGCAAGUGGAAACACUUUGUGAGGAAAUAGCAAAUAUUAGUCAAAAUUCAAUGAAAGGUGAUUCUUUACUUCCCAUUUCUGACGCAACUAAGUUGAAAUUAGAGGCAUUAGAAAAAGUUAAAGCGCUACUUACUAAAAAAUUGGAGUUCUAUGAAAAUCAGUUGAAAGAAAAAAAUAUAGAGAUUCAAAAUUUGGAAGUUUCUGUUACACAACUUAAAUCAACUUUGCAAGCCAAAGAAAAAGAUUUGGAAAUUGAACAGGUACAAGUGGAUACUCUACUACAGGAACUUGGCAGUCUUGUUAGCUAUCAGAAGCGCCUUGAACAAGAUUUUAAUAUUGUACAAGACAUGAUGCAUCAGAAAGAAAGAGAGCUUGAAACUUUGCAUGAAGAAACUGAGGCUCAGAUGAAAUUAGAAGCAGAGGUAGAAUCUCUAGAGAAGUUACUUGAGGAUCAAAAGAAUAUAGAGCUCGAUUUGAAACAGAGAGUGAAUGAACUGGAAAAAGUUGUUGAAAAUGCAAAAUAUUCAACAGAACAACUAAAAGCCCAAUGGAAAUCUAAUGUUGAAGAACUUGAAAAGGCACAUCAAAUAGAUAUUGAAAAAAUGAAAAAUCAGAUAGAUGUCUUAAAGCAAAACAUAAUAUUCAAUCAAAAUACUGAAGAUAUUGAUAUAGCUAGUGUCAAAAAAGAAAUUGUGGCUUCUGCUUUGGCCUUUAGACUGGAUCAAAAUGAAGACAAGUUGCAGUUUGAAAACAUAGUAUAUGCUACUCUUAAAAGAACUAUUGACACAAAUUUGAAGAAACUGGAAAAAAAGCAUGAAACAGAUAUAAAUGAUAUAAAUGAAAACUGGCAGCAAAAAAUUAAGGUUGAAUUAGAAAGUAAAGAAAAAGAUAUGAGAUCACACUAUGAAAAAUAUAAAAAAGACAAAAUACAAUUGCAAAAGAAGUUUGAGAAAGAAAAGAUGCGCAUAUCUUCUGAGAAAGAUGCAUAUUGGCAAGAAAAACUGAAAGAAUUAGGAAAAUCUCUAAGUGAUGAAAAAGGUAAAAAUGAAAAAAUUUCUAAACUUUUGGAAUACAUAGAGGGAAAUUUUCAAGAAACACAUCGAACACAAGUUAAUUCUUUAAAAGGUGAAUUAGAUCAGAUUUUGAAAGAAAAAGUUGAAGCUGAAGAGCAAGUUAGAAAUUUAAGUAAAAAUAUAGAGGAAUUAAAGCAAGAGAUAAGUGCAUUACAAAAAAGUUUUAAAUCAAAAAUACACUCUAUGGAAGAGAAGUUUGAAAGUGAAAAAAUGCAGUUAGAAUCUUUUUACAAGCUGGAAACUGAAAAAUUGCAAUGUACCCUUCAUUCAGCAUUAGAAAGAGAAAAAACUAUAGAAUCAAAGCAUAAGGAAGAACUUUUUGCUUUACAUAAAUUUUUUGAAACUCGUUGGAAAAAUGAGAUGAAGAAAAUUCAGAGUUCUCAGAUUGAAGAACUUAAAAAGUUAAAAGAUAGUAAAGAUAAAAAUGUUGAAGCAUUGUGCAGUAAUUACUUUAAAGUAUAUGAAGAGAAACUGAAUAAAAUGCAGGAAAGGUGUGAAUUUCAGAUUGCAGAAGAGCGAAAGCAUAUUUUUCAACAGCAUAGAGAAGAAUUGGUACAAUUACGCCAUGCACUGGAAGAAAGGUUUGAAAAAGAAAAAGUAACUUUAAUAGAUAUGAAAGAAAAAGAACUAAAAGCAGCAUUUGAUUCAUUAAACAAAGCCUUGAAUGUUAAAGCAGUAGAUUCAGCAACUAAAGAAGAUAAGGAUUGGGAAAAAGAAAAAUCAAAUCUUAUUUCUCAACAUCAAAACGAAAUGGCUUUAUUGAAAAGAGAAUUACAACAGAAAUAUGAAAAAAAAUUACAGAACCAGUUAAUGGCUCAUAAUGUUGAAAUGAAACAUAUUGAAGAAAGUUACAACCAGCAGGUUGAAGAACUUCAUGAAUUAAUAAAAGAAGCCAAGCGAGUAGCUUCUAGAACAUGCAAUUCUGAUUCAGGAUCUAAUAGAACGACUACACCUUCUUCAGAAAUGACUUCAUCUGAUGAAGCUUGUAGUUCCUGUCAAGAAGACAUGCUAUCUAGGAACAAACAUGUUUUGGUCAACAAAAUUCAUCAAGAUGGGAAGCGAGUAUUGUCCUUGAUUGAAUCAUCUCAAAAACCAGUUUCUUCUGAAAUUGAAGUGAAACAUUGGCUAGAUGAAAGAAAGUGGGUUGUUAAUAAAGUGAAAACUGUUGUAAUCAUUGAUGAUCCUGAAGAUGUGAAGCUGGCUGUUAGCAAACUAGUUGAGGAGAUUCAAGCUAGAAAACGGAAAUUUGAGAUAGCUAGUAAAGAAAAUCAAGAACUAAGAGAAAAGUGCUUUGAGUUAGAACUGAAGCUUAGAGAAGAAAAUUCUAAACUGCAUGAUAUUACUGCAAAUUUAAACAAACAAAAUUCCAUCAACUCUGAUCUUCAGUAUUUGUUAAGACUGAGAACAACAGAAGUGACAGAUUUGAGGAAAGCUUUAGAAGAUCAAGUCAAGUUUUCCUUAUCACCUUCAUUGAAGAAUACAUAUUCUCACCAGAGUGAAAAUUUGACUUCUUCAUAUGAAAUAGGAUGUUUAAGGAGCGCUGAUGAGCCAAGGUCACAUGAACAAUUCUCAAUGCUUCUGCCAGAAAUCUCUUCAAUACCAUCUAAAGAUCCUGGUCUGAAAGUUCAUGUAGCAUGUGACGAAUACGAAGAAACAGCUUUUGCAAAUCUGACUAGAAAAUCAGAAAGUGAGAUAUCUGAUGUUAAACAAGAACUUUUGGACAAACAAGCAUCAACUUUUGAGCAAAUUUAUGAACAAACAAAAAUGUCAGCAUUCAAUCAAAAAGAUUCAGAUUUGAUUUCAAGUGCAAAGCUGCAUAGUUUAUAUUGUAUCUAUAGAAGAAUUCGAAGUCAUAACAAGGCUCUGAUAUAUCAGAAAAAAUAUUUACUCAAACUUUUGGCUUAUUUUGAAACCACAGAAAAUUUUACACUGGCUUGGUUGAACAAUUUGGCCAUUAAUAGUCCUGUGGAUCAAAGUAGCAAUUCAUUAAAAUCUGCAACGAUAAUAAUCAAUGGAAAAUUUCGUUUUCGUUCAAUGGCUUUUGCUGUAGUUGCUGUGCAUCGCAUGAAGUUUGCUGUUAGAUGUCAUCGACUGUUAUCUAGAGUUCCUGCUGCACGUGUUGUAAAUGUUGAAAUACAGUCCAUUUUCCAAAAAUAUCCCCAUUUUUCUCCUACAGUAACACCAGAUGGAUGUCAUUUAUCAACAGUCUCUUUAUCAUCUAAGUCUGCAUCUAUUAGUGAGAGUUAUGAACAAUGCAGAAACAGUGCCACUUCCAUAGAAUCUAGAGCAGACAACAAAAAAAGCAAAUCAUCUGUAUAUGAUAAAAGUCAAUUAGUUCAGUAUGUGCAUAGGCUAGAAGAGCUUCAGAAGCAGUUAGGUUUGGACACUUUUAGCUGAUGCAUUUCCCUGCAUUUUGUAUGUUAUAAUAAUGUGUGCCUAACAUGUGUUUUGUUUUUAUAAACUCUUAUACCAAAGAGAUCAAGUUUAAAAUCCUUUCUGUUUAAAUAUUUGAAAUUGAAAAAUAUUUAUUGAAAUUAUUUUAAUAUAAGGCUUCUGUAUAAAAUGUAAAGUUUUAAAUGUGUGUUUGUCUUAAAAAGUCCUGAAGAACUGGAUGAUAUGUUAUUUUGUAUUUGUGCCUUGAAGAUUUUUAAUAUAUGGUAUGUAUUACUGACCAGUUUAAUGGCCAAAUCUAUCAUUUUCAUGCUGAUGUAAUAUAAGAGUAUAAUUGAAAGUUUUUAAUGUUAAAAAAUGAGCUCAAUGUGCUGGUUUGUGUGUAAAAGAUAAUGUUAGCAAGGGCUAUUACAAUUAUUGAUUUUUGUAGUUAAUUAUUAAUGACACAAAUGCGGUAUCUUAUAAGUAGCAUUUGCAUUUUUUGUGCCUUCCUUUGUUAUCCUCUUAAAAUAGUUAUAUAAAAUGUAUAUUCUAGGUAAAUAAAUAUGGAACUAAUUUUUUAAAAGUCAUUAAAUAUGUUAAAAUCAACUUUUUAAUCAGCAUUGAUAUUAACUAAUAUAAUUUGCACUUUGUGUUCAAUGUAUAAAUAUGAUUUUGGUAGUGAUAUAUUUAAACUUUUCAUAUGUAAGGACCUGAAGUAUUAUCUCCAGUUUCAAAAUUUAUGUUUUUUAUUUAUAUUUUCAUACAAUAAAUUGUCAAAUCUUUAUUAAUGAUUCAAUUAAAUAUUUAUGAUAAAUAAUGUGUCUUUGAAAUAAAUUUUUAAAAUUCUGUAAAGUAAUCAUUAAAAAUUAUGCAUGAUAGCGAUAUUUUUAUAUAAAAUUUACUGGGUAAGGUAUAUACUUACAUUUCAGUUCUGUGAUUUCAUGGACUGUAAAUAUUAUAAAAAUAAAAAUUAAUACUUUUGAAUGCAUUUUUAUAGUAAUAAAUUGGGAAACAAGGUAGACCUAAAAUGUAAAGAUUAUAAUAAAAAUUAAUUUGGUCUUAAGUGCAUUAGUGCCUCCUGCCAGCAGCUUUGAAACAAAUAAGGAACUGAAAAGUAAAUGUUAAUUUCUUAUGAUGAUUGACUAAUCUCUUUUAGGAUAAGUUUAUGGUGUUUUGUAUAGUUAAGUGACAUAAUUAAACUUCUUUUCUUUACCUAUUUACAUCACUAUUAGUGAAAUUGCAAAUAUUGUGCCUUAUAGUAAUGUAAAGUAAAUAAUUUGUCAUUUAUAUUAUAGAUUAAAUAUGUUAAAUAAAUUCAUAUUCAAUAAUUUUUCUUUUACCCUUUUGAGGCAGUGUAAAAUAAUUAAAAUCACAAAGUUUAACAGUUAAUUCCUGAACUUUUUCAUGAAGUUUUUAAAUUUGUUUUAUUAGUUGAAUAGAAUGAUGGAGUUUAUUAGAAUUAUUUGAAUGAUAAUUUUAUUAGUUGAAUAGAAUGAUUAUGGGAAAGAUUAUAUUAAUCUAUUGUAUCAUUGUUAUCCAUACUGUCUUUAAUUCAAAGGCAUUUCUUGGUAAUUCCAACACUUUGGAAUUAACUAUUUCCAGAAAUAUGUGGUUCUUAUUUAUUUUGUGAAUGUUAUGUGAAAUUUAUUUGCCAACUUAUUUAAUAACUUCAUGGUUUCCUAAAUUUUAUGAGCACAUGUUUGUUGUACUAAAAUUUGUUCAGUGUUCCCAUUGUCAGUUUAUUCUAGUCACAUUAUUAGCAUAAUUUAAAAAUUUUUUAAUUUAUAUUAUCAUGUAAAAAAUUAUAAUUAUCAAAUAAAAAAUUAAAUAUUAUGUAUCAGUUAAAUAUAUUUUAACUUUUCAUCACAAGUUGUACAUUUUUUAAAGAAUUAAAUUCAAUCUAAUAAAUGUAUUAACUAUUUUUCAUUUAAUGAAAAUAAAUUUCAUGAAAUGCUGUCCUCUUUUAAAAACUAAGAUUAACAAAGUAUGUUCCUUCAGAAAAAUGUAAAAAUAGUGAAAUAAAGGUAAAAAUAAUGUAAAAACAGGUAACAAAUGGGGGAAAAAAAAAGACUUUUGGAGGGAUGUGGAUUAAAUAUUGCCAGAGCAUGUGAGGGCAAUCUGCUUAAGUAGAACACCUUUAUAGAGGACUUUCUAAUGGAAAUUGGCUUGUAUUAACAUUACAUAUGAGAUAAAUUAUGGACUACUCUUAUGUCAGGAUUCAAGCCCAGAUUGAAUUACUG